UCUCGUCACGGUUGUCAUGGCAACCAAGAUAUGGUCCCCUGUGGUCCAUCAACGCAGAUGCAAAAGGAUUGCCCUCCAGCCGUGAUGAGGGACGACUUCUCCGGAGCCCUAGCUACCAUUGGUGGGUUGGGGUCUCUCUUGAGGAGCAGCGAACCCCUCUCUCUGUCUCCGGUGCCAUCUCCGGCUGCUUCGUUGCUGGAGGAUGCCACCGACCUCCUGGUGAUGCGCAGGGACUUUGUGGCUGCCCUAGAGGCGUGCGAAAAGGGCUGCCAGAGCCUUGAGGAUGGAGACCCAAACAGCUCUGAAGAACUGAAAUGCUCUUUAAUGAUUGUGGGCAUCCAGGCCCUGGCUGAGAUGGAUCGGUGGAGGGAUGUCCUUCCAUGGAUUCUUCAAUAUUACCAGGACCCUGAGUGUUGGCCGCCUAAAAUCCUAGAGCUGUGCAUCCUUCUGCAUAGCAAAGUGGAAGAACCUCAAGUGAUGCUAGAAAUCGGUCGCGAUUGGCUUCAUUCCUCCACCAACCAGCACUUGCCCAGUUAUGGCCUCUUGGUCCAGCUGUAUCUCUUCCAUGUUCUGUUGCCUCUUGGGCACUUGGCAGAGGCGGAGGGUCUGCUCCAAGGCUGCAAAGCGCUGAGCGGGGAUCAGCAAGCAGAAGCGCAUGAGAGCAUUGAGGAGAAAAAGCAUCAAUGGUUACGGCAACAAGAGGAGUGCCUGGUUCCUGAGGAUCCACCAGAUGUGGCAUGGAAGCAGCAGUUGGAAGGAGGAUGGGCAGCAUAUUUUAAACCUGUGGCCUGGGUCUGCGCCACCAUCCGCCUCGCCUACGAGCUGGGGGCCAAUGAACCUCCUCUGACCCUGAGGGCCCACUCCACCCACGCAGUUGCAACCUCCACCGCCUUCUCUCGAGGCGUCCCUCUUGAGGACAUCUGUAAAGUGGCCCUCGCCGCUCACCCUCUCCGACUGCUCUGCCAUUCAUCUAUCGGCUACUUCACCUUUUCCAUCAAGCUCGCUUGGCAGUAUUUUCUUCGCACAACAGGCCUCCCCGUCAAGAUUAACUGGCUCAGCAAAGAACUAUGA